AUGGAACUUCCGUUCCGCUGGGCCGAGCACGCUUGCACCGCCGCCACGCCGUGCCGUGGCAUUUUCCCACGCACCUUUCACGUGCUGUGGCCGACCCGGGAGUUGACAUUUGGUGGCCACAAGACGGAGGAGCGAGAAGCUCGUACCAGCGUCGCGCGCCUGAAGGAGCUGCAGCCUGAAUGGGCCGUGCGCGUUUGGACCGACUCCGACUGCGAGGCGCUGAUGGCCGAGGCGAUGCCCGGAAGGAUGCCACUCUACCGGGCCUUGGCACCGAAGCUGAAGCAGUUUGAUGCAAUACGCACGCUCAUCCUGCACGUGCACGGUGGUAUCUACCUCGACCUCGAUGUUCUGUGCACCAGGCCGCUUGCCCCGCUCCUGCUCGGUUCUCCCACGACGGCCCUGCUCCUCCGCGCAGAUUGGCCGAGGCAAAACGUGGAGUACCGCAGCAUCCUCAACAUGACGAGCCACCGCGUUGUGGCUUCGGGCAAUCACAUCAUGGGCAGCAUCGCGCGUCACCCGCUUUGGCUCUACUACCUCGACAUUAUCUUUGAUGGGCAAGCUUGCCCGGCGCCUACGAAGUCCGAGUGCGAGGGAUCAGUGAUCAUGCACACGGGUAACGGCGCGUUGGAGCGAGCCGUUUUUGCGUUCCUGGCCAACCACCCCAAGCAAAGGCCCAGCCUGCGUCUCCUCGGCGAGAGGGCGUUCCUCAACGAAUCGCAGUACAGAGGGCAACGGCGUAAUGUAUACGCCGAUGGCCAACUGGUGUGCAGGCACCUGCACUCGCUCAGCCCUGUCGAAUCGCAGCCCGGCGGCGACGACGACACAAAGGGGCAGCUGAAGCGGAGCGCCAGGCAUAAUGCGAAUGAGAGAAGACAAUCCGUCUAG